AUGACCUUCGGCCGUCUACGCUGUCCUCUGCUAUUCCAGUACACAUUGGAAGGACAACCAUUAGAAAGGGUGUUUUCCAUCAAGGAUUUGGGUGUUACCUUUAGUGCUGAUCUAUCCUUUCAUGAACAUGUUUAUGAUCUCUGCAAACGAUCUCACAGGCUAUUGGGAUACAUCUUUAGAUCUACUCGUGGAAUGACAAGCCCUGUUGUUUUAAAAACACUAUAUUCUUCCUUUGUACGCCAACUCCUGGAGUAUGCCAGCCCAGUUUGGUCCCCUUACCAAGUUGGUUUGACUGACGAGCUUGAUGCUGUGCAGAGGAAAUUCCUAAGGUUGGUAGGAGUACGACAGGGGCUUCGUUGGACGGAGGUUCCACUUGCUGAUCUCCAGGCUGACCUCCAUCUCCAUGAUCUUCAAGUCAGACGUGAAGUGGCAGAUGUAGUAUUUCUCGUCAAGCUGAUCAAUGGCCUGUUGGACUGCCCAAUGCUUCUCACUCACGUGGACUUCCGCACUCCAUCAGUGACCCGAUCUCUGGAUCUGUUCGGCAGGAGGCAUCAUGCACGUGGUUACGACUUUCACAGCCCACUUGCAAGAAUGAUGAGGCUUGGGCAUCGAUUCUGCCACACAGUCGACUUUUUCCACGAGAAUACUUCCUCUGUAGUCGACUCAGUCGGUAAUGCCAUGGGCUUCGGGUCCAAGGCAGCGAUGCCGUGGGCUGAGAUCCUGGUACCUGCCGCUACAUUUAUCAGUUCAGUCUCAGAGUAA